CCGUUGAAAACAAAGUGCUCCAACUUUCGUAUCUUUAGGAACCCAUUUUAUUGAAGACGUAUAUUAAUGUUGGUAUAAAACACUUAUAGUCAAAGUUUUUAAUUUUUAUAUAAAUAUUUAAAAAGAUAAACGAUUGUGUGAAAUCAUUGUAAUAUACGUGCAUAUCAUUUGAAAUAUUAUUAUUAUUGUUGAAUAAAAAAAAGCACGGACCAAAAUGGGUAUACCCAAAUUUUUUAGAUAUAUAAGCGAAAGAUAUCCUUGUCUAAGCGAAAUGUUAAAAGAUUAUCAGAUUCCAGAAUUUGAUAAUUUAUAUUUAGAUAUGAAUGGCAUCAUACAUACUUGUUCACAUCCAAACGACAAUGAUAUAAGUUUUCGUAUUACGCAAGAUGAAAUAUUUAACAAUAUAUUUCAUUAUACUGAAAUAUUGUUUGGUAUGAUUCAACCUAAAAAGUUAUUUUUUAUUGCUAUUGAUGGUGUCGCUCCAAGAGCCAAGAUUAAUCAACAAAGAGCUCGUCGUUUUAGAACCGCAAAAACUGCGGAGAUACAAGAAGCUAAAGAAAUAGCGAAUGGUACUUACAAUAAGGAUAAUAUAUUUGAUUCCAAUUGUAUAACGCCAGGAACUCUUUUUAUGUCAGAAAUAAAUAAGAAAUUAAAAAAUUUUAUAAUUUACAAAAUUUCAACGGAUAAACUUUGGCAAAAGUGUAAAAUAUUAUUUAGUGGUUCAGAGGUAGUAGGAGAAGGAGAACACAAAAUCAUGGAUUAUAUACGAUAUUUAAAAUCACAAGAAGACUAUAAUCCCAAUACUAGGCAUUGCUUAUAUGGCCUAGAUGCAGACCUAAUAAUGUUGGGUCUUUGUACACACGAACGAAAUUUUUCGUUAUUAAGGGAAGAAGUUAAGUUUGGAAAAAAGCACAAAAAAGUUUUGACACCAGAAGAAACGAAGUUUUGUCUUCUUCAUUUAUCGUUAUUAAGGGAAUAUUUAAGUCAUGAAUUUUCUCCCAUCAAAGAUAAAUUGUCCUUUCCAUUUGAUAUUGAACAUAUUAUCGAUGAUUGGGUACUAAUGGGCUUUCUCGUGGGAAAUGAUUUUAUUCCCAAUUUACCAAAUUUAAAUAUUCAUAGUGGUGCGUUACCACUUUUAUAUCAUGCGUAUAUGGAAGUCUUGCCAACUUUAGAUGGCUAUAUAAACGAAUCAGGAAAACUAAGAUUAGAUCGUUUUGAAGUAUUCAUGGAACGACUUAGUCGCAUUGAUGUAGAAAACUUUGCAGAGUAUUACUGUGAUUUUAAAUAUUUAGAAGCUAAAAUAAAUAAAAAUAAGAAUACAAAAAACGAUGAACAAAUUUCUUUAAAAGAUGAUGAUUCUUCACUAUCUUGUUCUCCUUCUAUAAAAGUUGACAAUAUACUAAAACCUUUUGCAGAUAUGGAAAUGCAAGAUUUGGAAGAGGAAAUAACAAAGUAUUCUCUAGAUGAAUUGGAUGAUGAGUCUGACAGUGACACAUAUAGUACGGAAUUUAUUUUACAUAAACGAGAUUAUUAUAUGAAUAAAUUAGAAUACAAAGAUGUCAACGAAGAUGUUCUACGGUCCCAAGCAGAAGUAUAUGUAAGAGCAAUUCAAUGGAAUUUACAUUACUAUUACGAUGGAUGCUGCAGUUGGUCUUGGUAUUAUCCACAUCAUUAUGCUCCAUAUAUCUCGGAUAUAAAAGGAUUUAGACACAUAAAUUUGGAUUUUGAACUAGGAGAACCUUUCGAGCCGUUUCAACAAUUAUUAGCAGUAUUACCGCCGUAUAGCAGAAAAUUAUUACCGGAGGCAUUGCAACCAUUGUUAAUUGAAAAAGAAUCACCUAUUAUUAAUUAUUAUCCAUCUGAUUUUAAAACUGAUUUAAAUGGCAAGAAACAAGACUGGGAAGCUGUUGUACUUAUACCAUUUAUCGAUGAGAAAAUUUUAAUAAAUGCUAUGAAGCCGUAUUAUAGACAAUUUACAGCGGAAGAAUGUGAAAGAAAUAAGCAUGGUCCAAUGUAUAUGUAUUCAUACGAUGAAGAGGUUUUGGGUUUAUGCCAUGCACUUGGAAAUUUACCUGUAAUUGACAACCAUAGUCGUAGAGAAAUAAUAAAUCGUGAAGAUAUCUAUGUUCCUAAAGAAAAAUUAGUAAGAGGAUUACAUCCAAAUGUGAACUUAGAUGUAUAUUAUUUUGGAUUUCCUACUCUAAAAUAUAUUCGAUAUACAGCAGAAUUAAAACAAGCUAAGGUGAAAAUAUUUGAACAAGCGUCAAGAAAUGACAAUAUGAUUUUAUAUAUACAACCACAAGAGGAACAACCAAAUCUAAAAUCAAUUGCUGCCUCUUUAUUAAAUAAAACCAUUUUUGUAGAGUGGCCUUAUUUACGAGAAGCUUUUGUCCUUGGUGUAUCUGAUUUUAAAAAGAGAAUAAAUUUAAUCACUCCACAAUUAGGAUAUUCUUCUAAUAAUAUAUUUGAGAAAGAAUUAAAAGGAGCUUGUAUAACUCAAUGGAAUUCAGAAGUCAAAUCUAUUAGUGAAACGUAUCUAAAUCGUUUUGGUAUAGACAUUGGAAAAACUGAUAUUUUAAUUCAUGCACAACCAUUAAUAGGCAGUAAAUACGUUUUUGAAGCAAAAGGAAAAUUGUCUGUAGAAAAGCAGUGGCAAGAGACACCAAUGUUUUAUGCUUAUCAAACUAUACUAAAAAAUAUUCCUACAUAUUCUGCUAUUCCUGUGCAUAAAACAAUCGAUGAAAUCUUUAUACCAGGAAAUAUUUGCUUUAUGUUAGGCCAUCCACAUUAUGGUGCAAUGGGAGAGAUCGUUGGACCAAAGAUCAAUAUAAACUCUAACAGAAUAAAAAUAUCUGUGAAUGUUGUAACUGAACCAAAUUUGACCGCGGUGAAACAAGCAUACACAGAAUUAAAAACACAAUAUAUUUAUGGUAGCACAGCUGCUCAACGACUAGGAAUAAGCAGUCAUCUUUUAAGUAGAAUUACUGGAACAAUUUAUAUAGCGCAGAAUAAUCCAAGAGAAAUUAUUAAUAUCGGAUUAAAUCUAAAGUUUAAUAAAAGAAAUGAAGAAGUACCAGGCUAUACCAAGAAAGAAUAUGGUUAUAGUCAAUGGUUGUACAGUAAAAAGGCUGUUGAACUUAUACGUGAUUAUAUGGCAAAGUUUCCUAAUUUAUUUGAACGAUUGACUCAAAGUAUUACGAUCGAUGUUUUUAGCGAAGAAGAGCUAUUUGAUAAAUCAUCAGAUGAAUUAAGUAGCAUAGUAGCUUGGUUAAAAGAACAACACUCUCGAGAAGUAGAAAGUCGUCCCUGCGGGGUGAAUGUACUGGAAUCAGAAAUAUUACAAAAAAUAGAACAAGAGGUGGAUAAAUAUCAUAAAGCGUAUAGGAGUUCAAACAAAAUAGUUAUGCAAGUAAAGCCACAAUUACUUUUUAAUCCUGAAUUAUAUUCACGUCAACUACCACCCGAUCCAAAAUGUCAGACAAGAUUAUUAGAUAGAAUUGUCUGUGUCAGAGGAAGUUUUACUGUACCAGUUGGUUAUAAAGGAACUAUUAUAGGAAUUCAGGAAGCAAAGGUCGCUAUAGAUAGUAUUUAUGACGUAUUAUUUGAUAAAUCAUUUUUAGGUGGACUAACUUUUAAUGGAUGUUCCGCGAAUCGUGGUUACAAAUUAGCAAUAACUGACUUUAUUAACAUUAGUUAUGGCGAACGAGUAGAACAUGGAAAAUCAGGAAUGGAGAAUCCAUCCAAUGAGACAACAGAGAUGUCUUGGAGGCGACAUCAAAAUACAAAAAUUCAAAUGCACAGUAAUAAUAAGCCUUCUAAUGAAUUAAAAGCAUCAAAGCAAUUAUCCUCGGAAUUUCAACAAUUAUGGAAUGAAUUGCAUAAAAAAGAGGAUUCAAGUGGAUCUUCAAAAACUCCCACGACAACUAUCGUUAAAUCUAACGAAAUGACUACAGAAAAAAGUAAACAAAUAUCACAAGAUCCCAGUGCUUUCUUGAAAGAAGUGCUGAAAAUAUCUGACGACAACGCAAAGAUAAAUUUGCCAAGUAAAUCAAGUGGUACUUCCACAAAUCAAAAUCAAUCUCAAACCCCAAAAUCAUCGGAUGCCCCACCAUUAGUUCAAAAAUUAUUCGAUUACGCUAGACAACAGAGAAAAGAAAUCAAAGAUAACAAAAACUCUAUUUGUUAUUAUACACUUUUAUUAAAUCAUUACCAAAUACUUGGUUUGGGCGUACCAAGAUAUAAUUAUUUUGUAUAUAAACAGACUAACAUGAUACAAGCUCAAAUUAUUUUACCAGACGCGAAAGUAUUUGUAGGAGAUCCAGGUUUGAAUCUUCCACAGGCAACACAAAACGUUGCAAAAAAAGUAUAUGAGGAAUUAAAUUUAGAUAAGGUAAAGAAGCCUGAUACGAACAUUUUAUUAAAACCUUCGCAACAAUGGGUUAAUAUGCGACAAAAUAGUCCUUGGUUACAAAAUAUAAGACCACCCCCCGUGGUAUUACCAUAUAUGUCGAAACCCUAUCAAACGUCAGAAAAUCCAAUAGCACAUUGUUCAAAAUGGAAUAUGAAAGUUCAACAAAAUCCAGGAUUUCCCCUUAUGACACCGCCACCGCCACCGCCCCAUAAUAGUCAAAUUAAAAUACAAGAGAAACAAACGACAAAUAAAUCAAAAUCCGAAGUGAAAAAUGCUACGUCGUUCGUACCGUUGCAAGCCCAAAAGAAAAGUAGGAAAAUUAAUACGAGACAAACUAACAAGGAAACGUUGCAAAAUAAUGCAAGCAAUUCUCAAUCAACUAACAAACAAUCAACUAAACAACCAGAAAAGAAAGAAACGUUCCCUAAGCCUCCGAAAACGCAAAGCGUUAACAAAACUCUUGAAAAAGAAGCACGUGUACAAAAUAAUUUACAACCUUCGCCAAAAUUACCGAAAUCUGGAAGACCUAAACGGUCACGUGUUGCUGCCAAAUUUGUUUCACCUCCAGCGACUAAUGGAAGUGGACAGUAAAGACUUUUAAUUUAAGUGGUGUAGGGUGUCGCAUAAUAUAUAUAUAAAUAUAGUUGUAUUUAUCCAAUAGAGCUCAUUAUUUCUCUAUUUCUCUGCAAAAUGUGUAGGAUAUAAUUGACUCAUUUAUUUUAGUAGUUCUUAUAAAACAUGUCUCACAAUUAUUCUUAUUUUAAAAAGUCUCGGUAUACAAAUGAAACUUUCCGUCCGGAUGCAUGCUUGUACGGGGUAAAUAUUUGUAAACAGAGGUUUAAUAAUUUAGUGCUCAUUAUUAUUCACAAUUAAGUUAUUGUAUUAUAUGUAACUAUACGAAAGUAUAUGGUGAAAAUAAUGUAUUUUAUAUUUAGUCAACAACUUUUGUUGUUUCGGAGAAAAUGUUUAUAAAAAUUGUGAUCAUGAAGACAGAUAUUUUUUAGUUGGAAUAUCUAUUAAUAAAAUUGGAAUCAAGAUAGUUUGCAAAUAGUAUAUUCAUUCAAAAUAUUAUUAUUUUUAUUUCUACCGUGUAAUGGGACAAAAGAAAAGACGAACAGUGAAUUUUACAUUUAAUUUGAUAUUUUGCGAAUGUAAAAAAAUUAAAAUGUAUAAUCUUUACAAGUUGCAGAAUAUAUAUUUGCUCUUUU